GCGGGAAUAGCAGCUGCAUUUCUUUUCUCUUUCUCCCUUCACAUUCCAUUAUCAUAGUGCUCCAAUGGAGAAGGAAGGAAUAGAGGGGCCCAGGUACUGAUCUGCAUCGGGGACUUAGACCAACACACUGGCAGAUCAGAAACCGGAUGGUUUUUUCCCUCUUUUUAAAAAAAUACGAAAACCAAAAAAAAAAGCAAGAAUCAACAGGAUGCCUUGAGACACACGCAGCAUCUGGUGGAGGAUUAACAUACAUACAUGUGUAUGUAUGCGUCACGUAUAUAUUUACUGCAAAUGGUGGGGAUCAUUUAGUGCCCGAGAUGGGAGACCUGAAGUCAGGUUUUGAAGAGGUGGAUGGCGUGAGGCUCGGCUACCUCAUCAUUAAAGGAAAGCAAAUGUUUGCCCUCUCCCAAGUCUUCACGGAUCUGCUGAAGAACAUCCCGAGGACGACCGUGCACAAGCGCAUGGAUCAUUUGAAAGUGAAAAAGCACCACUGCGAUCUGGAGGAGUUGCGGAAACUCAAGGCAAUCAACAGCAUCGCAUUCCACGCCGCCAAAUGCACUCUCAUCUCCCGGGAAGACGUGGAAGCACUCUACACCUCCUGCAAAACCGAGCGUGUCCUCAAGACCAAGCGCAGGAGGGUCGGCCGGGCCCUGGCCACAAAGGCGCCGCCGCCAGAGCGCGCCGCCGCCGCCGCCAGCCCCCGCCCGGGUUUUUGGAAGGACAAGCACCAACUUUGGCGGGGCCUGAGCGGAUCCGCGCGGCCCCUGCCAAUCAGCGCGCAGUCCCCGCGCCCGGGCGCCGCCGCCGCGCGCCCCGCCGCCCAUCUACCUCAGAUUUUUAGCAAAUACCCGGGCUCGCACUACCCGGAAAUCGUGCGCUCGCCUUGCAAACCCCCUCUAAACUAUGAAACUGCCCCGCUCCAGGGAAACUACGUUGCUUUUCACUCGGACCCUGCUUAUUUUCGGAGCCUGCUGUGCAGCAAGCACCCGGCCGCCGCCGCCGCCGCCGCCGCCGCUGCCGCCGCCGCCGCCGCCGCCGCCGCCGCCUACUACCAGGCUUCGGCGGCCGGGCCCCAGCCCAAGGCGGCGGCGGCGGCGGCGGCGGCGGCGGGCGCGGGAGGCCCGGUGAGCCUGACCUACCGGUGCAAGCGCAAGCGCGGGGGCGCCAAGGACUGCCUGCUCGCGCCCCACGCCGGCGCCCGCCGCCUGCUGCUGCUGCCCAGGUCCUACAAAGCCAAGGCGGCGGCGGCGGCGGCGGCAGCGGCGGCGGCGGCGGCCGCCGGGGCCACUUGCCUGGAGAGGUUUCAUCUGGUUAACAGCUUCUGCCCGCCUCCCCACCACCACCACCACCACCAUCACCACCACCACCACCACCACCACCGGGCCCAACAGCCGCAGCAGAAUCACCACCCCCCUCAUCACCACCGGCCGCAGCCCCAUCUCGGCAGCUUUCCCGAGAGUUGUAGCAGCGACUCGGAGUCCAGCUCCUACUCGGACCAUGCAGCCAACGACUCCGAUUUUGGCUCCAGUUUGUCCAGUUCCAGCAACUCCGUGUCCUCGGAGGAAGAGGAGGAGGAGGGAGAGGAGGAGGAGGAAGAGGAGGAGGAGGAGGAGGAGGAGGGGGGCAGUGGGGCCUCGGAUUCCAGCGAAGUCAGCUCGGAGGAGGAGGACUCGUCCACGGAGUCGGACUCCAGCUCCGGCUCCAGCCAAGUGUCGGUGCAGAGCAUCCGUUUCAGACGCACCAGCUUCGGCAAGCCUCCCAGCGUGCAGGCGCAGGCCAACUUCUUGUACCAUCUGGCCUCCGCCGCCGCUGCAACCAAACCCGCUGCUUUCGAGGAUGCCGGCAGACUUCCCGACCUCAAGAGUAGUGUCAAAGCCGAGUCGCCGGAGGAGUGGAAUCUGCAGAGCUGGGCCCCCAAAGCGUCUCCGGUGUACUGCCCGGCCAGCCUGGGGAGUUGUUUCACAGAGAUAAGGAACGAUAGGGUAUCUGAGAUUACAUUCCCACACUCUGAAAUUUCCAGUACUGUAAAGAGAACUGACCUGACAAUUAACUGCUCGGCGGAGGGGGCCUCUUCACCUAGCCCAAAGACAAACAAUGCAUUUCCACAACAAAGAAUACUCCGAGAGGCUAGGAAAUGCCUACAAGCAACUCCUACUACGCACUGUGCUGAUAACAACACAAUAGCUGCUAGGUUCUUCGAUAAUGAUUCUUCAGGAGCAGCCGCAAAUUCAGAGAAAGACUCCAAAAUCCCUCAUUGUGCUGAAUUUGCUACGGAUUUGUCCUCUUCCCAAGCCGCUUCUGAGGUGGAUGGAGCAGCACCGGCAGCAGCCACGAAAGCUGAGAAUCCGUGCACUAACGCGGGCGACAAGACCUUGCCAUUUCUGCACAAUAUUAAAAUCAAAGUAGAAGACAGUAGUGCUAAUGAAGAAUAUGAACCUGACCUUAUUACAAAUAAGCUUAAGUGCGAGUGCAAUGAUACAGAGGGUGAGUUUUACAGUGUGACUGAAAGUAAAGAGGAGGACGCCUUGUUAACCACAGCCAAGGAAGAAGGUUUUGCAUGCCCUGAAAAAGAAACGCUUUCCUUAAACCCACCGGCUCAGAGUCAGGGCCUCUCAUGCACUUUAGGUUCUCCAAAACCCGAGGAUGGGGAAUAUAAAUUUGGUGCCAGGGUGAGAAAAAAUUACCGGACACUAGUACUGGGAAAACGACCCGUACUUCAGACACCUCCAGUCAAACCAAAUUUGAAAUCAGCUAGAAGCCCUCGUCCUACAGGUAAAACCGAAACACAUGAAGGAACACUGGAUGAUUUUACAGUUAUAAACAGACGCAAAAAGGUAGCCAGCAAUGUAGCAUCAGCAGUGAAAAGGCCAUUUAAUUUCAUGGCAAAUUUUCCUUGUCCACCAUCACUCAUUAUUGGGAAGGAUGGGGAUUUGUGGCCGGCGUAUUCCUUAAACACCACUAAGGAUUCCCAACCUCCUCACAAAGCCCAUCCUAUAUGGAAAUGGCAGCUGGGCGGUUCUGCAAUACCUCUUCCACCGAGUCACAAAUUCAGGAAAUUUAAUUCAUAAAAGUGUUUUGGAAGAUAUUUUCUUGAACCAUAUUACCUUCCUUUUGUUGUAUAACUGCACAGGAUGGUUUGUACAAGUCCAUUAAUGUGUUACACCCCUUUUGGAGCCCUGGUUUAUCGCAUUUUGAAGACAGAAAUCGGAUUACUUUUUUUCCA